AUGUCAAGUACUAGUGGUACUAGUGGUAGUGGUAGUAGUGGUAGUGGUAGUGGUGGUGGUGGUAUGAAUCCAAGUCAUUCAGUAUUCUAUCAAAUUAGAAAACAUCAAGAUGAGAAUAAUAAUACUUCUCAGAGACAAGUAUCUUUUCUUUCCAAGCAACACUCGAGACACAAAUCUCCACCACACCACACAGACUCUCAUCAAUCCUCUUCCUCUCAAAUCUAUUUGGAAAUGUUACAACAUAUACAUGAUGAUUUAUUGAGAGAUAUUUAUAAUAGUACAAGUAGUAGUAGUAGUAGUGGGACGAGUACAACGAAUGGUGACAUUACCAAUGAUAGUAGUACUACUGCCAACAACACUUGCCGUGAAUGA